AUGUGGCUGUCUAAGGGGAAUUCAGAUAAGAGGGAUAAUGAGUCACGUGGGUUAGUUGCAGUGGCAAUUGACAAGGACAAAGGGAGCCAAUAUGCUUUGAAAUGGGCUGUUGAACAUAUUCUCGGCAAAGGCCAAACUGUAAUUCUAAUCCAUGUCAACCAAAAGGCAUCAUCAAUUCCUAAUCCAAUGGGUAGCCAUGUCUCCAUAACAGAUGUCAGAGAGGAUGUUGCAUCGGCAUAUCGACGAGAACAAGAUAGCCAAACCAAGGAAUUGUUCCUUCCCUUUCGUUGCUUUUGUACACGAAAAGACAUACAAUGUAAGGACGUUGUAAUUGAAGAUUCAGAUGUAGCAAAAGCUUUGAUCGAGUAUGUCACAAAUUACUCAAUUGAGAAUUUGGUCGUUGGUGCCUCAUCAAGGAAUUCCUUUUUAAGAUUUAGGAGUGCGGAUGUUCCUACAAGUGUGUCAAAAGGUGCACCAGAUUUCUGCACUGUGUAUGUCAUCUCCAAAGGCAAGAUUUCAUCUGUUAGAUCAGCCUCUCGUCCAGCACCAACCAUCUCUCCACUCCGAGCCCAACUACAAAUGCAGAAUCAAAACAGCAUCAAACCUGACCCAGCACCUGAGCAACCUUUCUCACAGCACAGUAAUUCAACAAGAGGUCCUGUUAAUAAUGUGGCAUUCGAUCCCCCACGAAUGAGCCUACAUGAAGAGUUAGAGAACUUCAGAUCCCCAUUCACCUGCAGAAAAGCUCCGAAUGGAAGAUCUUAUGGAGAGCUCCCCAUGCCAGAUUCCGACAUAUCGUUUGUAAGCUCCGGCAGACCAAGCGUAGAUCGCGCCUUCGCUCCUUCACUAUAUGAUCAUAUGGAAUCUGUCCGGACCCCACGGCUUUCAAAUGCAUCAGAUCUAGACGGCCGAAGUUUCGAAUCAAUGCAAUCUAUGGGGUUUUCUUCAAUAUCCCAGGAUAGUUCAUCUUCAUGGCCAUCACAGAGUAUGGAAGAUGUAGAAGCUGAGAUGAGGAGACUGAAGCUAGAGCUCAAGCAAACAAUGGACAUGUAUAGUACAGCUUGCAAAGAAGCACUUACUGCAAAACAGAAGGCAAGGGAGCUCCACCGCUGGAAAAUGGAGGAAGAACAAAGACUAGAAGAGGCACGCAUGGCUGAGGAAGCUGCACUGGCAAUUGCAGAGAGGGAGAAGGCUAAGUGCAAGGCGGCCAUUGAGGCAGCUGAAGCAGCUCAGAGGAUUGCAGAGCUGGAAGCCCAAAAGAGAAUAAAUGCAGAAAUGAAGGCCCUCAAAGAAACAGAGGAGAGGAAGAAGGUUGUGGAAUCUAUGUCACAAGGCGACAUCAGGUACAGGAAAUACACAAUUGAGGAGAUCGAAGCAGCAACCGAGUACUUUGCUGAAAACCGUAAAAUUGGGGAAGGGGGUUAUGGGCCAGUAUAUAAAUCUUAUCUGGAUCAUACCGCAGUUGCAAUUAAGGUUCUACGCCCAGAUGCAGCUCAAGGAAGGUCACAGUUUCAGCAGGAGGUUGAAAUAUUGAGUUGCAUCCGGCAUCCUAACAUGGUUCUCCUCCUUGGAGCCUGCCCUGAGUAUGGCUGCCUGGUCUAUGAAUACAUGGCCAAUGGAAGCCUAGAAGACCGCCUCUUUCGCAAAGGGAACACCCCAGUUCUGUCAUGGCAGGUGAGGUUUCGAAUUGCAGCAGAGAUUGCUACUGGCCUGCUCUUUCUCCACCAAACCAAACCAGAGCCACUGGUGCACCGUGACCUCAAGCCAGCCAACAUCUUGCUAGACAGGAACUACGUCAGUAAGAUUAGUGAUGUGGGUCUCGCCAGGCUCGUCCCCCCAAACAUUGCUGACAAUGUCACCCAGUAUCGCAUGACAUCAACUGCAGGAACUUUCUGCUACAUAGACCCAGAAUACCAACAGACCGGAAUGCUUGGCAUCAAAUCUGAUAUCUAUUCUCUGGGAGUCAUGCUUCUGCAAAUAAUAACGGCGAAGCCACCAAUGGGCCUCACACACCACGUCGAACGUGCUAUUGAGAAGGGAACAUUCACUGAAAUGUUGGACCCUGCUGUGCCUGACUGGCCAGUUGAGGAGGCCCUGAUCUUUGCAAAGCUCUCACUGAGGUGUGCAGAGCUGAGACGGAAGGAUCGACCAGAUCUGGGAACUGAAGUCUUGCCAGAGCUCAACAGACUAAGAAACCUUGCUGAGGAAAACAUGCCUAGCCUCGUCCUGGGUAGUGCAUGCCCCUCCCCUAACCACAGUCAAAUUUCAAUGACGCAGGAUAUCAUGAGUGAUCCUCUUCUCGUUCACUCUGGAUAUGAAAGCUCAAGGAGCCGCUCAAGUACAUCAUCUAUAACAGGGAGACGAUCAAGUAUGGAGUGA